CUAAAACAACACGAACGAUGUUACCGUAACAUCUUUCCUCUAAAAGUCUCUCAAAGGGUAUACGCCUUUUUGUACGUAUCCCCUGAGGCACACUUGCGCUGACGCUCAUCCUUUGUAUUUCAAAACUUGAAAAUUGGUUCUCCUCCCCUCUCCCCCUUCUACGAUUCCAAACUUGUAUAUAAACAACCUAGCUCCCCCCAUCCUACUCCCCCCAAACACCAUAGCAUCUUCGUCUUCAUCGUCUCUCUGCGCCAUCUUCAUCUCCGCUUCACUUUCUCCCUCCUUGUCCUUGCCUUCGCCGUUCGAGCGAGCUCUAGCAUCCCUCUCUCUGCCUCUCUAUCCACGCCCGCAUCAGUGGGGGAGCACCACGUACGGCUUGAGCACAUCAGCCAUGCCGGCGGCGGCGCGUGGGGGCUCGCACACGGCGACGCCGACGACGCGGCCCAAGAUAAAGAUCAUCCACAUCAUUGCGCCGGAGAUCAUCAAGACCGACGUCGCCAACUUCCGGGACCUCGUGCAGCGGCUCACCGGCAAGCCCGUCCCGUCUGCCAGCGUGGCGGUCGGCAUGGCAACAACGACAUCACCGCCGGUACAGGAGGAGGAGAAGGGGACGACCAAGAAGAGGCCGGCGCCGGCUGCGGUGACGACGACAACGACGGAGAGGAGCGAUUUCACGGCGCAGCAGGAGCCCAGCAAGAAGACGAAGAUCAAAUGCGAGGUGAAGGUGGAGGAAGGAGGUUUCGGUGACUAUUACGACCUUGCUGAUCGCAGUAGCGACCUGUGGAUGGAUCUCAACCCGGGAGGCUUCCUGAGCUUCUUGGAGGAGGAGGCCGACGUCUUCCAAGGUCUGGCUGCCGCCGAUGACUUCCUUCUGCCUCUCGGUUCAUCAAGGCUGGAUUUGGUUGGUGAAAUGUACGCGUCAGGAUUCAUACAGGCCUAGAGCUUUGAAUUCUUGCGUAUUUGUUCCUUUUUGUGCCGUGAUGGAUUUUUUGCACUUUGGUCGAGAGAGUUCGGCCGGUUGAAUUGUUUUGUAUUUCUUUUUGUUUAGAUGAACACGUUAGUGUUGGAAGUUCUUGCACCCCCAAUGAUGUGAGCGUAAGGGGAUUGGUGUAUGGAAGGAUUGGUCAUUUGCGUGCUCACAUUUCUGAUAGUGAAUGGAAGGAAACGUAAGCACCCAAAUGACCAAUGUAGGUGGAUGAAAUCAGAACGGUGAUGCGAAUAAUGAUGUGUAUGUAAGGGUGACUGGAUGGUGAAAUCAUACAAGGAUUGAUCAAUUUGA